CACCGGGACCUGGAGGCAAGACUGACUAAAUAAGAGCCAAGCUUAAAGAGAAAACGACACUUGCGAUGUUCUGGUAAAACUUCAUAUCUGUAUUUUAUUUUUCCAUUAAGUGUCAGACAACUGUCAGCGUCUUAGAUUAUUCUCGUGUUGGAUUUUUACAGAGUUUUAUCAGUAGGAGGAGGUGUUAAGACUACUGCAAGUUAACGGUUAAGUUGGGCUGUUGGUGACGCCGUGAAGUGGGAAAGCGGACUUUCUCUUAAACAGCUGUUGCUCCUAAAAGAGGUCAUUCUUGCUCUGUAACACUAAGAGGCUUGCUUGGACAAGGAAUGGAAGGAUAAGGAAGUUGGGAGCAGAGGAAGCCAAGCAGCCGUCGACGUGGAGAGUAAAAGCACAGGGAGAGUGGAGAAGUGAAAGGAGGAGUAAGAGACACCAGCCCAGCUUUCUGCCUGCCUGAGAGAGUGUUGUGUCAUGGGGAAACAGAACAGCAAGCUGCGGCCCGAGGUCCUGAAUGACCUGAGAGAAAACACAGAGUUCACCGACCACGAGCUGCAGGAGUGGUACCGCGGCUUCCUCAAGGACUGUCCCACCGGCCAUCUGACCGUGGAGGAGUUCAAGAAGAUCUAUGCCAACUUCUUCCCCUAUGGAGACGCCUCAAAGUUCGCUGAGCACGUCUUUCGCACGUUUGACACCAACGGCGAUGCCACCAUCGACUUCAGGGAGUUCAUCAUUGCCCUGAGUGUGACGUCUCGCGGCGGGCUUGAGCAGAAGCUGCGCUGGGCCUUCAGCAUGUACGACCUGGACGGGAACGGGUACAUAAGCCGGGCAGAGAUGCUGGAGAUAGUACAGGCAAUUUACAAGAUGGUGUCAUCAGUGAUGAAGAUGCCUGAGGACGAGUCAACACCAGAGAAAAGGACAGAUAAAAUCUUCAGACAGAUGGACAUUGACAAUGAUGGUAGAUUGUCUUUGGAGGAGUUCAUUAAAGGUGCCAAGAGCGAUCCGUCCAUUGUCAGACUGCUGCAGUCGGAUCAGGGAACCUCUCGUCAGUUCUGAGGACAGAGACAAUAACAGACACAAAAGCACACACAUACCCACAUCCAUCCAGCUUCAUGCUGCUCAACGGUCAUCAUCACCCACCCACCCCCUCACCAGACAACCCUUUCAUUUUAUCAACACUCCAUUGUCUUAAUGUUUACAUUAAUGGAUAAUUGUCUUUUGUCAAUGUGGCUCCUUCUCUGUGGACUAUGACAUGCUUUUAAGUAUUCUGUGCAUAUGCUUUUCCGCAAAGCUCUCUUGUCUCAAAAUGACUUUUACCUGUUCUCCAUAAGUGAAGUGCCAUAUCCUAUAUUUAUACUGACUGUAUUAUAUGCUUGCAAGUAUUACAACUCCCAUUAUGUUACACUAAGAGGAAGCUAAUUACAUCACUUGGUUUAAUUUGAUUGGACUUAACUGUGCUGAAAAGUGGCUUACUGUUGUUCAGGAUAUCAACGGUAGAUUAGGAAGUUGCUAUUCUGAACAAGCUCUAUAUGCCUUUGGUAUUGCAUGCGCUCUGUGAUACAUGUUUUCUGAUAUUGUAACAGUUUACGUGAAAAAGGAGGCCGUGAUUGUUUUUAUUCCUUUUUAUUUUUGUAACAAAAAUGUAAUUUUGUUUUCACACAAUUGAAAUAAAGUCGUGUAAGAAAAAUCUA